AUGAUCGCAGCGCUCUGUUACAUGUCCUGCUCCGAUGCAGUUCUAUGUGGCAUGAAUUGCAUGCUUUGGUCAUCAUGGGGUAGCUCGUUCAGUGCACUCACUAGUUGCAGUUUGUUUCUGUCAGGCAUUACUUCUGUUACUGAGGUGCUUGGGGUUGGGAUGGGAGCUGUUUUGCUGGUGAUGUUUAACAAGGCGGCUCUAUCUUCAUAUAAAUUCCCUUGCGCGAACGUCAUUACACUCCUUCAGAUGGUGUGCUCAACGUGCCUUCUCUAUGUUCUGAGACGGUUAAAGAUCAUUUCUUUCACAAAUAGUGAAACAUCAGUACCCUCUGAUUCACUAUUCUUUGUGCCGUUCAGAAUACUGCUGCGCACUUCACCGCUUUCGCUGUCUUAUUUGCUCUACAUGCUAGCUUCAAUGGAAUCUGUGCGUGGAGUAAAUGUUCCUAUGUAUACAACUCUAAGGCGCACAACAGUAGCAUUUACAAUGACAAUGGAGUAUUUCUUGGCAAAGCAGAAACACACCCCACCUAUAAUUGGCAGUGUCGCUUUGAUUGUAUUCGGAGCAUUUAUUGCUGGGGCUCGAGACUUAUCAUUUGAUGCUCGUGGGUAUGCCAUUGUCUUCGUCGCCAAUAUAACUACAGCUGUUUAUCUUGCAACUAUAAAUCGUAUUGGAAAAUCUAGUGGGCUGAAUAGCUUUGGCCUGAUGUGGUGCAAUGGACUUGUUUGUGGACCUGCAGUACUGUUCUUGACAUAUAUUCAGGGCGACCUCAAGAAAACUAUUGAAUUUCCCUAUCUUUAUUCCCCUGGUUUUCAGGUGGUGCUGCUAUUUUCAUGUGUACUAGCAUUUCUAUUGAACUACACCAUCUUCUGGAAUACAAUCCUGAAUUCUGCACUUACACAGUCAAUGUGUGGCAAUUUGAAGGAUUUCUUCACUGUUGGACUUGGCUGGGUACUCUUCGGCGGGCUUCCUUUUGAUCUGCUUAAUGUCAUCGGCCAAGGGCUUGGCUUCGUUGGCUCAGGCAUGUAUGCCUACUGCAAGAUCAAAGGAAAAUAG